GAUAUUAUACACAUCACCCCUGUUCCACUUAUCUGUCUCGGUUAAGGAUAUUUAGAUCUAACUUUAAACUGUAAUUGGUUAAUUCUCCCGCAUCUUACAGAAUACACGUUCAAUUUGUUGGGACAGGAAAGUGGAACCUUAUUAAUAUCUGACACCUCGGUCGGUCGUUAUAGACCUGUCUACUUCAUCGUACAUACAUGAAUACAUAAAUAUCUCGACUUCCUCCAUUACAACGAGGAGAGUUAGAUUCGCUCCUAAACACACUCGGUGUGUGUUACGACAAGAAGAUCGUUAUCUUCUCGUCCCUUCCAGACACACCCUAAUUUUCGACAUAUCAUUCUGCGAUGCAUGAUCCAUUUCCUAUCCCACCAUGGCAAUGGCUUAGCCAGGCCGUUCAGCCUUUUGCCGACUACUUCCACCUAACUACGCUACCUCUCCAUAUUCACGAAGUUGUCGGGUCAUUUCUAGCGUACACUUUUAUCAAUAAAGUCGUCGCACCACAAGUUUCCAUGCUCCUGUUCCCCGAGAAGUACUCCAAAUUUUCGGCCGAACGAAAGCUCAACUGGGAUGUGCAUGUGGUCUCACUGUGCCAGAGUUCUCUUAUCAAUGUCCUAGCCCUCUGGGUAAUGUUUGCGGAUGAGGAGCGCAGCAACAUGACAGCACAGGAACGUGUUCAUGGAUAUACGGGUGCUGCUGGCAUGAUCCAAGGUCUGGCGACUGGCUAUUUCCUCUGGGAUUUGAUGAUCACCCUCCAGAAUCUCAGAGUUUUUGGAAUAGGAAUGCUGGCACAUGCGACUAGUGCUCUUUUGGUUUUCUCUUUUGGUUUUAGACCGUUUGUUAACUUUUAUGGUUGCACAUUUAUUCUUUACGAGCUCUCCUCGCCUUUCCUCAACUUCCACUGGUUCUUCGACAAACUCGAUAUGACCGGAUCCAAGCCCCAACUUUACAAUGGAAUUGCCCUCCUCUUUACCUUCUUCUGCUGCCGACUUGUGUGGGGAACAUAUCAGUCGGUUCGUGUUUACCAAGAUGUAUGGAGGUCUAUGCAUAAUCAACCUGCAUUUUCUGCUUCUAUCAAUAUUGAUGCACUCACAAAUGGAACUGCCUCUGCAGUCGACGCAGCAGCAGGUCACAGUGCAGCUCCACUCAAAAAUGACAUCAUGCGCUUUGCCGACGACGAAUUUAUUCCUCUUUGGUUAGGGUUCACAUAUUUGGGAAGCAAUCUUGUGCUCAAUACCUUGAACUUUUACUGGUUCGGAAAAAUGAUUGAGGCCGUCAGAAAGAGAUUCCAGCCUGCCAAAGAAGGCAGACAGAAGGACAAAGCUAUUGCCAUGAAGAGCACUGGUGCUAAUGGCAAAAUCAAGAUCAGCGUCGAAGAGAGUGAGGUUCGUAGACGAAAGGGCUUAGAUGAAGACGAGCCAAUUGCGGCAGUCUCGUAGUUUUGUUUGUGUAUAUGUCAGAGUGUGGAGAAUUGCACGGUUUUGAACAACUGGUAAUUGGCGUUUGUGAGGGCUUCCACUCUUUUGAGUGCAUCGAGAGUUCGUGGUACUUAACUUCAUCCUUCUGUGUUCGAGAGUCUUCAGGCUUCUUUCCAAUUAGAAUUACCCUAUACAUAAAGACA